GUUCAGUUUAUUUUCAGUUCCCGGCUUGAUUUCUGGAACCAUGGGAAAAAUCAAUUUUGUCCAACUGAGUGUUCUUUGCAUAUUCAUAAUUGCAACAAGUAAUCCAACACGCUCCAAGGAAGCAAAGUCUGGUGUUGAACACAUUAAAGUGUUCACUGUUGCCACUGAGGAAAAUGAUGGGUAUCGUCGAUACGUUCGAUCAGCUAGAGUCAAUAAAUUUGAGGUUACACCACUUGGAUUGGGAAAGGAAUGGAAAGGUGGAGACAUGAGCGGACCAGGAGGCGGUUUCAAAAUUAAUCUUUUGAAAGAAGCUAUUGCACCAUUUAAAGAUGAUGACAAUACUAUCGUCAUGUUCACAGAUAGCUACGAUGUAAUCUUCACGUCAACACUGAACGAUAUUCACAAAAAAUUCAAAGAAUUUGAUGCUAAAAUUGUAUUUUCUGCCGAAAAGUUUUGUUGGCCCGAUAAGAGUCUCGCACAAGACUAUCCCCCUGUUGUACCGAAAGCAUCUCGAUUCUUAAACUCUGGAAUGUUUAUAGGUUAUGCACGCAGUAUAUUCGAAUUGAUUGAUCGUCCAGUCGAAAACACAGACGAUGAUCAACUAUUUUAUACCAAACAAUUUUUGAAUCCCGAUGUUAGAAAACAUCUUAACAUAAAAUUAGAUGUUGAAUCAAAAAUUUUCCAAAAUCUAAAUGGUGCGAAGGAUGAUGUUAAGUUGGAUGUUAAUGUAAAGACUGGAGCUGGUAUUUUAGCAAAUAUAGAUUUUUUGACAAUUCCAAGUGUUGUUCAUGGCAAUGGACCAAGUAAAAUCGAAUUGAAUGCUUUUGGUAAUUAUUUAGCCGGUACAUUCAACGAUAAAUGUGUUAUUUGCGAAGAAGAAAGACAAGAAUUGGAUGAGGCAAAAUUACCAAUUGUGACCUUAUCUAUUAUCGCAAACAAACCAGUGCCAUUCUAUGAAGAAUUUUUGGGUAAAGUGGCGAAUUUGUACUACCCCAAGGAGAAAAUCAAUUUAUUAGUUUACAGUGGUGUUGAAUUCCACGAUGAACUAUCAAAAUCAUUCUACGUUGCUCACGAGAAGGAAUACUUAUCUGCAAAAUUAAUUGUCUCUACAGAUGAGAUUGAAGAAAAACAGGCCAGAAAACUUGCUGUUAAUCAAGCAAUCCAGAAAGAAAGUGAUUAUUUGUUUGCCGUUGAUGCUGAGGUACAUCUUGACGAUCCUGGUUUACUUAAACAUCUUAUGACCUACAAGAGGAAUUUCAUCUCGCCCGUUAUUACUCGUGACAAUGAAUUAUGGAGCAACUUUUGGGGAGCAUUAUCAGAUGAUGGAUACUAUGCCAGGUCACAUGAUUAUGUAGACAUUGUAAAGGGAAAUAUUCUUGGCAUGUGGAACGUGCCUUAUGUCUCAAGUUGUUAUCUUAUCAAAAAAGACAUUUUCAAAAAACUCAACUUUGACCAUAAGACUCUUGACGCAGACAUGGCUAUGUGCGAAAAUUUGCGCAAUGAGGGAGUUUUUAUGUACAUAAUCAACGAUAGAGAUUAUGCUCAUUUGGUUAAUUGUGACAAUUUCGAUACCACUGUUGCUCGGCCUGACUUUUAUACAUUAUUUACAAACCAAAAAGAUUGGGAACAGCGUUACAUUCAUCCAGAAUACUAUGACCAACUUAAGCCAAACGCAACUUAUCUACAACCAUGCCCCGAUGUAUUCUGGCUUAGAGUUGGAACAGAAAGAUUUUGUCAAGACAUGGUUGCUAUCAUGGAGAACUUUGGAAAGUGGUCUGAUGGCAGUAAUAAGGAUUCUCGUUUGGAAGGAGGCUACGAAGCUGUGCCAACUCGUGAUAUUCACAUGAAGCAAGUCGGUUUGGAUGCCCUUUGGCUGAAGUUUCUCGAGCUAUUUGUGCGUCCGCUGCAAGAAAAUAUUUUUAUUGGAUAUUUCCAUAACCCACCAAGAUCGUUGAUGAAUUUCGUAGUUCGUUAUCGACCAGAUGAGCAACCUUUCCUUAGGCCACAUCAUGAUUCGUCUACCUAUACAAUAAACAUUGCCCUAAAUCGUGCUGGAAUUGACUACGAGGGAGGUGGAUGUAACUUCUUGAGAUAUAACUGUUCUAUUACAGCAACAAAAAUGGGAUGGAUGCUGUUACAUCCAGGCCGUCUGACACAUUACCACGAAGGCUUAAGAGUGACCAAUGGUACAAGAUAUAUUAUGAUUUCUUUUGUUGACCCAUAAGUUAAAUUAAUAAUUUUUAUAACAACAAAACUUGAUACUCGGUUAGAUUUAAGAAAAAGUAUGUAAAUGAAACUUGUAAAUGUAUUCGCUUUUAAUCUAAGUCUAAUCUGUUUGUAUUUCGAUUUAUCCGAAAUUCAUAUUGUCUCGAAUAUAAUCAUGCUUAACACACAGCAACAAAUAUUUUAUAUAUAUACAUGACGUGAAUACUUUUUAAUGAGAAUUUUGUACUUUUUUAGUGAUAAGCGAACAAAUAAAUAAAAAAAA